AUGGCCGAAUCAACCUCCGCCGCUACCGCCCCCUUGCCCUCUUCCGCCGGCCCUUCAUCCAGCACCAAGCCCUCCCAGGCCUUGUGGUUGCGAUGCGAAAAGAAACCUCACGAACAGCGAUGUGCGUUGACGCCGAACACGGCCAAGACGUUGAUCGAUAAUGGGUUCGAGAUCUUUGUGGAGAAGGAUAAUGUUAGGUGUUAUGCCGAUGAGGAGUUUGAGGCUGUUGGAUGCAAGAUGGUACCUAACAACGAGUGGUACCAAGCCCCUCUUGACGUCCCUAUCUUCGGAUUGAAGGAGCUCGAAGAGUCCGAUGAACCCCUCCGACACACCCACAUCUCCUUCGCCCACGUCUACAAACAACAAGCCGGCUGGCGAGACGUCCUUCGUCGAUUUCGCCGAGGCAACGGUCUCUUGUACGACCUCGAGUUCCUCGCCGACCCCUCCACUGGCCGCCGAGUAGCCGCCUUCGGUUUCCACGCCGGGUUCGCAGGGGCCGCCGCUGGAGCUCUGGCCUUCGCUAAACAGAAAGAAGAAGGUGGACAGGGGGUCUUGAAGGGCCUAGAGCCGUUUGAGAAUGAACAGGCCAUGAUCACCUAUGUGAGGAAGCAGAUCGAGAGUCUGGGAGAGGGUGGGGUGGGGAAUGUCAGGGCGUUGGUGGUCGGUGCGAUGGGAAGGUGUGGGAGUGGGGCGGUUGAUUGUUUCAAGAAGAUCGGAUUGAAGGACGAGAACAUCGUCAAGUGGGACAUGGCCGAGACCGCCAAGGGAGGACCUUUCCCGGAGAUGCUCGAUGUCGACAUCUUUGUCAACUGCAUCUACUUGGCCACCCCGAUCCCCAAGUUCUUGACGACCGAUUUCAUCGCCGAGGCUGGAAAGGACAGGAGGUUGAGCGUUGUCGUCGACGUUUCUUGCGACACUACCAACCCGCACAACCCUAUUCCGAUCUACCCCCCGGUCAACACCUCGUUCCCGGAACCUACCGUCGAGGUCAAGGUCGGUGAGGGAAACCCUAGGAUGACCGUGAUCGCCAUCGACCACUUGCCCACCCUCCUGCCCCGAGAAGCUUCGGAACAGUUCAGCAAGGACCUCAUCCCCUCGCUCCUCCAGCUCCCGGAGAGGCAGAGCGCCAAGGUUUGGACGAACGCCGAGGACCUGUUCAGGAAGAAGAUGGGCGAGGCCGAGGCCGAGGACAAGAAGGAAGGGAUCGAGGCCUAA